GUAAACAUUUUGAUCGUCGAGGUACCGGAGGAAUGUUAAAUAUAAUGAGCCUUCAACUACUAAAUAAAAUACCUCGAUCUGCGUGUUUUAACACUACCAAGUGUCUAAAUAUAAGAUAUUGCACUAAAACGAAACAAGAAGAAGAUUAUGAAAUACCUACGAAUACAUUAAGGAAGUACUUUAGCGCAAAUGAUCAAGUAGAGAAUGGAGUUAUAUAUGAUGGUAAACCAUUUAAGUUUAGAUGUGAAGCAGGAAAAAAAUAUUCUUGGUGUUUGUGCGGUAAAAGUAAUAGCCAACCCUUCUGUGAUGGUACUCACAGAAAUAUUCAUCUAAAAAUCAAACAAAGGCCCAUAUUCUUUAGUGUUGAAAAAACUAAGGAUUAUUGGCUUUGUAAUUGUAAACAAACAUCUAAUAGACCUUUCUGUGAUGGGACACAUAAAAGAGAAGACAUACAGCUCAAGAAAAAAUAAAAAUGUAUAUAAUUAUGUAAACUUCACUCUUCUGUAGAGCAAAUACAUAAUAUAAAUUUUUAUUGUUAAAA